AGCUGGGCUAUGGUUUGGUGCUUCGGUCUGGCCAUCCUCAGCCUGAUCAUCAGCCAGGGGGCUGACGGUCGAAGAAAGCCUGAGGUGGUUUCUGUGGUGGGCCGGGCUGGGGAGAGUGCAGUGCUGGGCUGUGACCUGCUGCCCCCGGCUGGCCGGCCCCCUCUGCAUGUCAUCGAGUGGCUGCGCUUUGGAUUCCUGCUUCCCAUCUUCAUCCAGUUUGGCCUCUACUCUCCCCGAAUCGACCCUGAUUACGUGGGACGAGUCCGACUUCAAGCAGGAGCAUCUCUCCAGAUCGAGGGGCUUCGAGUUGAAGACCAGGGCUGGUACGAAUGUCGUGUGCUCUUCUUGGAUCAGCACAGUCCUGAAGAGGAUUUUGCCAACGGCUCCUGGGUGCACCUGACAGUCAAUUCUCCCCCACAGUUCCAAGAGACACCUCCUCAAGUCCUUGAAGUGAAGGAAUUGGAGCCAGUUACCCUGCACUGUGUAGCCCGAGGGAGCCCCCAACCACGAGUGACUUGGAAGUUCCAAGGACAGGACCUUGGCCAGGACCACAGUCAGCUACGAGUGCAGAACGAGACACUAUGGAUCCAGAAGGUGACCCGAAGCAGAGCUGGAGUCUAUACAUGCCAAGCCUCCAGCACUGAGGGCAGUGCCACCCAUGCCACCCAGCUUCUGGUGCUAGGACCCCCUGUCAUCAUUGUACCCCCAGAGAAUCACACAGUCAAUGCCACGCAGGAUGCUUCCUUGGCCUGCCAGGCUGAGGCAUACCCUGCUAACCUCACCUACAGCUGGUUCCAAGACGGCAUCAAUGUUUUCCACAUUAGCCGGCUGCAGUCCCGAGUGCGGAUCCUGGUGGAUGGAAGCCUUCGGCUGCAGGCUGUCCAGCCGGAUGAUGCUGGCCGCUAUACCUGUGUGCCCAGCAAUGGCCUUCUGCACUCGCCCUCCGCCUCUGCCUAUCUCACUGUGCUCUACCCAGCACAGGUGACUACAAUGCCUCCUGAGACGCCCCUGCCCAUAGGAAUGCGGGGGACGAUCCGAUGCCCAGUUCGUGCGAACCCCCCACUGCUAUUUGUCAGCUGGACCAAGGAUGGGCAGGCCCUGCAGCUGGACAAGUUUCCCGGCUGGUCCCAGGGCCCAGAAGGCUCACUGAUUAUUGCUCUGGGGAAUGAAGAUGCUCUGGGAGAAUAUUCCUGCACCCCCUACAACAGUCUUGGUACAGCCGGACCCUCUGCUGUGACCCGUGUGCUGCUCAAGGCUCCCCCAGCUUUUAUAGAACGGCCUAAAGAAGAAUAUUUUCAAGAAGUAGGGCGGGAGCUGCUCAUCCCUUGCUCUGCCGGAGGAGACCCUCCUCCAACCAUUUCUUGGGCCAAGGUGGGCCGGGGGCUGCGGGGCCAGGCUCAGGUGGACAGCAACAACAGCCUCAUCCUGCGACCAUUGACCAAAGAGGCCCACGGACGCUGGGAAUGCAGUGCCAGCAAUGCUGUGGCCCGAGUGGCCACUGCCACCAACGUCUAUGUGCUGGGUACCAGUCCUCAUGUGGUCACCAAUGUGUCUGUAGCACCUUUGCCCAAGGGUGCCAAUGUCUCCUGGGAGCCUGGCUUUGAUGGUGGCUAUCUGCAGCGAUUCAGUGUCUGGUAUACCCCAUUGGCCAAGCGUCCUGACCGAGCUCACCACGACUGGGUGUCUCUGGCAGUGCCUGUGGGGGAAGCCCACCUCAUAGUGCCAGGGCUUCAGCCCCACACUCAGUACCAGUUCAGUGUCCUGGCUCAAAACAAGCUGGGCAGUGGGCCCUUCAGUGAGAUCGUCUUGUCUGCACCAGAAGGUCUUCCCACCACACCAGCUACCCCCAAGCUUCCUCCGACAGAGAUGUCACCUCUCUUGUCACCUCCUCGAGGUCUGGUGGCAGUCAGGACACCCCGGGGAGUUCUCCUGCACUGGGAUCCUCCAGAAAUGGUACCUGAGAGGUUGGAUGGCUAUGUCUUAGAAGGACGGCAGGGCUCCCACGGCUGGGAGGUGCUGGACCGGGCUGUAGCCGGGACAGAAAUGGAGCUGCUGGUGCCAGGCCUCAUCAAGGAUGUCCUCUAUGAGUUUCGUCUUGUGGCUUUUGCGGGUAACUACGUCAGUGAUCCCAGCAACACAGCCAAUGUCUCCACUUCUGGCCUGGAAGUCUACCCCUCACGCACACAGCUCCCAGGUCUCCUACCGCAGCCCGUACUGGCUGGUGUGGUAGGUGGGGUUUGCUUCCUGGGCGUGGCUGUCCUAGUGAGCAUCCUGGCUGCCUGCCUCAUGAACCGGCGCAGGGCUGCCCGGCGUCGACGCAAGCGCCUCCGCCAGGAUCCACCUCUGAUCUUCUCCCCACCCAGGAAAUCAGCAUCACACGCUGCUCCUGGCUCUGGCAGUCCUGACAGUGUGGCCAAACUGAAGCUCCAGGGCUCCCCUGUCCCCAGUCUACGGCAGAGUCUGCUUUGGGGAGAGACCGCCCGGCCUCCUAGCCCUCGUCCAGACUCACCACCUGGUCGGGGGCCCUUACCUCUGGAGCCCAUUUGCCGUGGGCCAGAUGGGCGAUUUGUGAUGGGGUCCACUGUGGGGGCCUCCCAAGAAAAAUCAGGUCUGGAGCAGGUAGAGCCUCGGAACCCAGCCCAGCGUCUGGCCCAGUCCUUUGACUGCAGCAGCAGCAGCCCCAGUGGGGUACCACAGCCCCUCUGCAUUGCAGAUAUCAGCCCCGUGGGGCCCCCUGCAGCAGCCUCCCCCGGCCCCCUGCCAGGACCUGGACCUCUGCUCCAGUACCUGAGCCUGCCUUUCUUCAGGGAGAUGAAUGUGGAUGGGGACUGGCCUCCGCUUGAGGAACCCAGCCCUGCUCCUCUCCCAGAUUACAUGGAUACGAGACUCUGUCCCACCUCAUCUUUCCUUCCACCCCCAGACUCCCCGCCUCCAUCCUCCAGGGUGGCAUUUCCUGGGGCUGUGAUAGGGGCUGGGCCCACCUCAGAACCUCCUUACACAGCUUUGGCCGACUGGACACUGAGGGAGAGGGUCCUGCCAGGCCUUCUCCCUGCUGCCCCUCGGGGCAGCCUCACAAGCCAGAGCAGCGGAAGGGGAAGUGCUUCCUUCCUGCGGCCCCCCUCCUCAGCCCCUUCUGCAGGGGGCAGCUACCUCAGCCCUGUUCCAGGAGAUACCAGCAGCUGGGCCAGUGGCCCUGAGAGAUGGCCUCGAAGGGAACAUGUGGUGACAGUCAGCAAAAGGAGGAACACAUCAGUGGAUGAGAACUAUGAAUGGGACUCAGAAUUCCCUGGGGACAUGGAAUUACUGGAGACUUGGCCCCUGGGCUUGGCAGGCUCUCGACCUCGACCUGAAGUUGAGCCAGAGCUAGGUGCUAAGACUUUAGAGGAAGGCUGCCUUCUGAACACUGUCCAUGCUGCUGGCCCUGAGGCCCGCUGUGCAGCCCUUCGGGAGGAAUUCCUGGCCUUCCGCCGCCGCCGAGAUGCCACCAGAGCCCGGCUACCAGCCUAUCGACAACCAAGCCCUCAUCCGGAACAGGCCACUCUGCUUUAAGGCUGGGAUAAGGUGCAUGGACCUGCAGAGAAGCCUACAGUGUGACCUAGCUGCAAUCUCAGAGGCUGCUCCUGCCAUUUUGUGCUUAUGCACAGAGCUUGAGCUUGGGUGAACUUGGUAUGGAAUGUAUGUGCUGGCCCCCUAGGUGGGUCUGGAUUGGAGUGGGGCUCUUAGUUUGCCUGUGUGUGUGUGUGUGUGUGUGUGUGUGUGUGUAUGGUUGUG